AUGCAUGCAGUUGCUGCCUUUCCAGUGCAGGAAGCAGCGGAAGAGCCCUGCGCUGCUGCUGAGGGCCCCUGCGACGAAGCUGCUGAACUUGACGAUCCGCUGAUCUCCGCCAUCCUCCACUCCCUAGCAGCAUUUGGCCUCGGCGUGGCGCAGCUAUCAGCUGCAGCGGGCCUUCCAAGGCCCCAGCAGCAGCAGCAGCAGCAGCAGCAGCAGCAGCAGCGGCAGCAGCAGCAGCAGCAGCAGCGGCGGCAGCAGGGACCAGAAAGUGGAAUCCGAAGCGUCCUCUUGUUCCAGGACUUCUGCCGCGCUGUUGCCCUCUCUGAGCUUCCACUAACUCGCCUGCAGCUUCCCCUAGCACAGGACGGCCCCCCAGCUGCUGCUGCUGCUGCUGCUGCUGCUGCUGCUGCUGCUGGGGGUGUUUCUGCUGCUGCGCGUUUCCCCCCAACUGAUCCCAUUGCCUUUUCUGCUGCGCUGCAGCACCUCCACUCUUUGCUGCUGCAGCUUUUGGUUCCCAGCGAGGCCCCCAGAGCCAAUGAAGGAGCCUUUUGCAACAGCAGCAGCAGCAGCAGAAGCAGCAGCAGCAGCGGCAGCAGCAGCAGCCCAGCAGCAGCAGCAGCAGCAGCAGCAGCAGAACAAGACCCGCUGCUGCACUUCCUGGCUUCUCUUUGGAAACUCUGUGACGAAGCAGAUUUCAUUCUUAAAACUCUUAACCCUUUGGAGGCUCCUCACUGGCAAGCAGCAGCACUAAAGGACCCAAGCGCUGACCCGUCCCCCCUGGGGGGCCCCCCGGGGGGCCCCCCGGGGGGCCCCCCGGGGGGCCCCCUGGGGGGCCCCCUGGGGGGCCCCCCAUUCGACGCAGCAGAGGGGCCCCCCGGGGGGCCCCCAGCAGCAGAAUCGUACCCACUUGACCCUCCAGACGAGCCCACUCCCGUAGCUGGCAUGGCUUUCCCCAAUGGCUGGGGCCUGCCUUCUGUGUGGGGGCCCCCAGGGGGGGCCCCCAAGGGGAGCUCGCCCGCUUGUUUGCUGCCAAAGGGCAGCCGAAAGAGCAGCUCUUCUCUGCGUCGGUUUUUAAGUGUUAAUUCUUUGUCUCGAACAAAUUCAAGAGGAGGGAGAGACAGGAGAGACUUGCCUUGGAGUGCAUGCGCUGCUGCUGCUGCAGCACAACCAGCAGCAGCAGCAGCAGCAGCAGCAGCGGGCUGCCGCGCCUGCUUGCUGCUGGCCAUCUCCAGGUGUCAGUGCGUCGCUUAUGUUAGGGGAGUCCUCGCGGGGCUGCUGCCUGUGCUGCUGUGGUCUUACUUGACCCGCAUUUUGCUGCCGCUGCAGCAGCAGCCGCUGCUGCACCUGCUGCUGCCCGCUCUGGAGCUUGCUGCUAGCGACAGCAGCGCCGCCACAGACAGCCAGCAGCCAGCAGCAGCAGCAGCAGCAGCAGCAGCAGCAGACGCAGCAGCAGCGCCAGCAAGGGAUGGGCCCUGCCCUGCUUCCUUCUACCCUUCGCUGCGGCAGCGGCUGCUGCUGCAGCAGGGGGGGCCCCACUUCAGCUGCUGCGAGUCUGUGGGUCUCGAGGGUUUGCUGCUGCUGCUGGGGGGCAGCAGCAGCCGUGCCCCGCUGCGCCGCAGCAGAGAGGGGGGGAGUUCCUGCAGCUCUGCUGCUGCUGCUGCUGCUGCUGCUGCUGCACUACCCGACACCCUCAGACUCGUGGAGCCCCGGGGAGGCCAAUCCGAGGGCAAUUUGCUGCUGCAGUUCUUGUCAGCUUUUGCUGGGGGCAGCAGCUGCAGCAAGUUGCUGCAGCAGCAGCAGCAGCGCAGCCGCCGGGCGCAGCAGCUGUUGCUGCACCUGGGGCCCGAGACAGCUGCCGAGAACAGCAGCAGCAGCAACAGCAGCAGCAGCGCCGCUGCGGGCCUGCUGCUGCAGGAGGGGGGGGCCCUCCUGGCAGCAGCAGCUGAAGAAGAACCGGGGGCCCCCCAAGGGGCCCACGCUGUGCUGCGCAUGCACAGAGAGCCCCUGGGGGGCCCCCCUUCUGAGGCCCUGUGUCUUACAGAAAGUGCUUUGCAGCAAUUGUGUCUUAGGGUCUUAGCCUGUUUUUCAGUUUAUAGCAGUGCAUGCAGCCAGGUCGAGGCCAGCGUUGCUGCUGCUGCUGCUGCUGCUGCUGCAGUUGCCGAAGCAGCAGCAGACAAGGAAAGGACGCCCACUGCCCAGAAAUGGGACGACCCACAACCGACGCACGCGUCUGCUGCAGCAGCAGCAGCAGCUGCUGCUGCUGCUGCUCCGGCAACUCCUGCUGCAGCAGCAGGCUGCUGGGCGCAGUGCGCUCUGUGGGCGCAGCAGCAGCUGCUGCUGUGCCCCGACAGCCACAUGGCUCUAAUUGCUGCUGCAUUUGCUGAGGCUGUGGCGAACCCUCUCGGUUUUGCUGCUGUGUCUGUCGAGGCGCUAGUGCCGCAGCCCGUGCUGCAGCCAGAGCUGCAGCAGCAGCAGCAGCAGCAGCAGAAGCAGCACAGCGGGCAGGCUCUCGAGAUCGAUGCCCUGGCUGCCCGGCUCGUGGACUCAGCGCUGAUGCAAGACCCGUGGCACUGCAGCAGCAGCAGCAGCAGCAAGAACAGCAGCAGCAGCAGCGAGAAGCAGCAGAAUGAGAUGGAGGGUAAAGCUCAAGAGGGCCCCCAGCUCCCCUCGCUAUCUGCCCCAGCAGGAGCAGCAGCAGCUGCUGCUGCUGCUGCUGCCAGCAGUUUGCUUUCUAUGGAGGAGCUGCUGCAGCUGGAAGUGGACCCGUGCCAAACUGGCCGCGCGUACUUUCCUGUGGGCGAGGCGCUGCUGCUGCAGCUGUGCAAGACAGUAGGGGCUUUGCUGCACUUGCACAGCAGCAGCAGCAGCAGCAGCAGCAGAACUCCCUGCUGGGCCAUUCCCCUAGGCGGCGUUGCUGCUGCUACUAGUGCAGAAGCAGACACGCAGCAGCAGUGGCAAUCGGAGUUGCUGCUGGCGCAGCAGCACCACGGCCUAGUGCAGCAGCAAAUACAGACCUUGCUGCAGCAAGCAGCAGCAGCAGCAGCAGCACGCGGCAGCACUGGCAACAGCACUGUCCAGCAGCAAGCUGAACGGUCCACCCCCAAUGGCUGCGUCGCUGCAGCGGUUGUCCCAGCUGCUGCGCUGCAGCAUCAGUUGCUGCUGCUGCUGCUGCUGCACCAAGUGCAUCACUUCGGCUGCAAUUGCUGCUGCUGCAGCACAGAAACCACGGGGUGCAUCCGCACUUCUCAAUUGCUCUACCGCACAGCAGCAGCACACAGGUCAACGCAGCAGCAUGUAGGGGGCCCCCAGGACCCCUUGGGGGCCCCCCUGGAGGCCCCUCUGGGGGCCCCUUUGGGGGCCCCCAAGUACCCUUUGUGGAACUUGGUGAAGCAGCAAACAGUAAGCGCGCGGCUGCGCUCAGCAGCAAAAAGCUGCAUGCAUAGGGCUGAAAGAGAGUGGCUGCCGCGCAGCUACUGGGCUUUUGUUGCUCUGGCAACCCUCAAGUAA